AGUGGUGUCAUAGAUGUUACAUGCUCUCCUCCUUUGUGACUACCCUUGCCUCUUCCUUAUGCUUGUUUCAAAGGGAGUUUCUGUUCUCUUUGCAAGAUCUGCAAGCAAAAAUAACUAGCAGAGGCAACUACGAAGUAGAAGAGGCUACUUGAGCUCCUAGCUAAGCUUUCCAAGAGAUCAGAAAAUCAUGGCCGAGAAACCUAAACUGUAUUACUUUAAUGGACGAGGCCGAAUGGAACAGAUACGAUGGUUGUUAGCAGCUGCUGGCAUGGAGUUUGAAGAGGAAUUUUUGGAGACAAGAGAGCAAUAUGAGAAGCUGCUUCAAGAUGGCUCCCUCCUGUUUCAGCAAACACCCAUGGUGGAAAUUGAUGGGAUGAAGUUGGUGCAGACACGAGCCAUCCUCCGUUACAUUGCCACGAAGUACAACUUGUAUGGGAAGGACUUGAAGGAGAGAGCACUAAUUGACAUGUAUGUGGAAGGAACAAUAGAUCUGUCUCUCUUUAUUUUGCCAUUCCCUUUCUUGUCACUGGAAGAUAAAGAGAGCCAACUUGCUGUAAUCAAGGACAAAGCAACAAAAAUAUAUUUUCCAGUUUAUGAGAAGGUGCUGAAGGAUCAUGGACAAGACUUCCUUGUUGGCAAUCAGUUCAGCUUGGCAGACAUACACCUCUUUGAAACUAUUUUAAUGGUAGAGGAAAAGUUCUCUGCUAUCCUGAAUGAAUUUCCUCAGUUGCAGGCUUUUAAAACAAGGAUCAGUCACAUUCCCACAAUUAAGAAGUUUCUGGAACCAGGAAGCCAGAGGAAACCUGUCCCUGAUGAUAAAUAUGUGGAGACUGUGAGAAGAGUUCUCCAGAUGUACCACCAGCUGAAGGCAAAUGUAUGAGAUUCCAUAAAGUAGUUCUGGUGAUUUCACAGAAUUAUAAGCACUGCUAUGCCUAAUACAAAACCCAUGCUUUUACAUUAAAGACAAGAGUACCACACAUCCCUUGCAAACUGGAGUAUUGAUUGUGAAAACAGGCUUCUUAUGUAGAUGCUAGUGAUAGCUGUCAUGAGUAAGGAUGGCGAGCAGGGGGCUCCCAUCCAGACUGUUAAGCGCAUGCGUAGCACUGAGGAAUUAGGUAGCCAUUCAAAGAGACACAGAUCGGGACCGCCUUAACCUUUGCGGUUUAUAUGGCUGGGUUUUUCCUACGCUUCUUCAGUUUGUUAGGAUUCCUGUUAUGUACAAGCAAUAAAACAUUAGAGACCAGUUCCUUGUCUCAGUGUGUUUCCUGGCAGUUAGGACAAUAGCUGUAGCAAAGAAACAGCAUCAUGUAGAGGGAUUUGAUAUAAGCAUUUUUACUGAUUAAGGUCAACAUUCACUAGGAGAAUAAUAUUUUA